AUGCCAACUCCGGCGCGUUCGUUUCGAUUGGAAGCGGCAAGAUGUCCGGCGAGGAGGAGAACGCUGCCGAGCUCAAGAUCGGCGAAGGUUCGCUCUCCUUUACCUCUCCCAUUCUCCUCCCCCGUUUUCCCUCCCCAAAUUCUGGGCGGCGAGGAGGAGGUGGCGAUCAUCCUGGAGCACAAGUACGAGCAGAUCCAGCAGCACGUGUCGGAGUCGGACCCGUCGUCGCAGGUGUCCCAGGUGUUCGAGAAGUCACUGCAGUACGUGAAGCGCUUCAGCCGCUACAAGAACCCCGAUGCCGUGCGCCAGGUCCGCAAGACGCUCAGCCGCUACGGCCUCGCCGAGUUCGAGCUCUGCACGCUCGGCAACCUCUGCCAGGACACCAGAGGCGAGGCCACCGCGCUCGUACCAUCCCUCAAGUCCGGGGGGAGGUUCGUCGGCAAAGCCGGCAAUGAGAAGAUAGAGAAGAUGCUCACCGACCUCUCCCUCAUCAAGAAGUUGGAGUAGAGAGUGCCAUGGGCGUGCCUUAUUCAGUUCUUCAGUUUCCCUAGCUGUGCGUGUGACCUGUGAGACUUUUCUUAGCAGGUGACAAUGUAGUAGAAUUCCUACUGAUCAUCAAUGUUCUUCAGUUUCCCUA